UAAAGAUUCAUAUGAGAGUUCACACUGUUGAAAAAGCUUAUAAAUGUGAAAUUUGUAGUAGACAGUUUACUAGAGAAAGUCAUUUAAAGAAGCAUAUGAGAAUUCAUACGGGUGAAAAACCUUAUGUAUGUAAAACUUGUAGUAAACAGUUUAACAAACUAAGUAAUUUAAAGGAUCAUAACAUGAGACAUCACACUGGUGGAAGACCUUAUAAAUGUGAAAGUUACUCGAAACAGUUCAGUCAGAAAAUUUCUCUAAGUGCACAUAAUAUGAUAGUUUAUACUGGUGAAACACCUUAUAAAUGUGAAAUUUGUACUAAGCUGUUUACUACAAAAGGUAAUUUAAAAACACAUAUGAGAAUUCACACUGGUGAAAAUCUUAAUAAAUGUGAAAUCUGUAGUAAGCAGUUUACUCAACUAAGUAAUUUAAAGGUGCAUAUGAGAAUUCACAGUGGUGAAAAACCUUAUAAAUGUGAAAUUUGUAAUUAUCUGUUUACUAUAGAAAGUAAUUUAAAAAUUCAUAUGAGAGUUCACACUUUUGAAAAAGCUUAUAAAUGUGAAAUUUGUAGUAAGCAAUUUACUAAUCGAAGUCAUUUAAAGGAUCAUAUGAGAAUUCACACUGGUGAAAAACCUUAUAAAUGUGAAAUUUGUAGUAAGCAGUUUACUGCAAAAAAUAGUUUAAAUUGUCAUAUAAGAACUCAUACCGGUGAAAAACCUUAUAAAUGUGAAAUUUGUAGUAAGCAGUUUACUCUAAAAGUUAAUUUAAAGGUGCAUAUGAGAAUUCACAGUGGUGAAAAACCUUAUGAAUGUGAAAUUUGUAGUAAGCAGUUUACUGUAAAAAGUAAUUUAUAUACACAUAUGAGAUGUCACACUGGUGAAACCCCUUAUAAAUGUGAAAUUUGCUCUAAACAGUUUGCUCAGAAAAUUUCUCUAAAUACGCAUAUGGCGGCUCAUACUAGUGAAAAACCUUAUAAAUGUGAAAUUUGUAAUAAGCUGUUUACUCAUAUAAGUAAUUUGAAUAAUCAUAAAAAAGUGCACACUGGUGAAAAACCAUAUAAAUGUGAAAUUUGUAGUAAGCAGUUUAGCUACACAUCUACUUUAGAUUGUCAUAUGAAUCCGUAUAUAUGCGAAAUAUGUAGUAAGGAGUUUACUAUAGAAAGUAAUUUAAAUACUCAUAUCAAAUGUCACAGUGGUAAAAAACCUUAUAAAUGUGAAAUUUGUAGUAAGCAGUUUACUUAUAGAAGUAAUUUAAAUGCUCAUAAAAGAGUUCACACUGGUCAAAAACCUUAUAAAUGUGAAAUUUGUACUAAGCAGUUCACUCGCAGAAGUAUAUUAAAUGAUCAUAUGACAAUUCAUACUGGUGAAAGACCUUAUUAUAAAUGUGAAAUUUGUAAUAAGCUGUUUACUCAAAAAGGUUAUUUUAAGCGUCAUAUGAGAAUUCACAAUGGAGAAAAACCUUAUGAAUGUGAAAUUUGUUCUAAACAGUUUAGUCAGAAAAUUUCUCUAAAUACACAUAUGGCAGUUCAUACUGGUAGAAAACCUUAUAAAUGUGAAAUUUGUAGUAAGCAGUUAACUACAAAAAAUGGUUUAAAUGAUCAUAUGAGAAUUCACACUGGUGAAAAACCUUAUAAAUGUGAAAUUUGUACUAAGCUGUUUACUCACAAAGUUAAUUUAAAGCGUCAUAUGAGAAUUCACACUGGUGAGAGACCUUAUAAAUGUGAAAUUUGUAGCAAGCUGUUUACUCUACGAAGUCAUUUAAAGCGGCAUAUCAGAAUUCACACUGGUAAAACACCUUAUAAAUGUGAAAUUUGUAGUAAUCGGUUUAUUACAAGAAAUAAAUUAAAUAAUCAUAUGGCAAUUCAUACUGCUGAAAGACCUUCUUCUUAGCCUUCUGUCGUCCAUUUUAGUCUGAGAUCUGAAUAUAUGUAGGGAUUCUUUAAAGACAACUGUAAUAAAAGUCCGUUUGAUGUUUAACAGUUUUAAUUAAUAAAAUAGAUAACUAAAUUAUUGAUACUAUUAAAUUGACGAAAUGUAAAAGUGUUUGUGUAAUUGCGACUAAAAUUUUACGAGUUCUCACAAAAGAAAAUGUCUUUGAAAUAUUCGCGUUUAUCUACUUAAUAUAUGAUCGGCUUGUCAAUAUUACGUCCUUAUGGUUAUCCCAAAUACAACCUCUUAAGUUCGAAUCUCUUAAGAAUCGACUGACUUCAUCCCCACAUAACCCAAAUUCUCUUACUUACUGCUAAUCUUCUUCUUCCGUUUUUCCCCCUGAGAACCAAGCUGUUAAAAUUGGUUCAAAGUAUACACCGCCUUUUUCCAAUAAACGAAAACCAAUAAAAUUAGUCAAGGCGGCUAAUGUUUGUCUUAGGGCCGGUUGUUCGAAAGCUAAUCAACAAUGAUUAUUAUCAAAUCUAGAGUGCGAUGUAUUAAGAGUAUAAGUCAAAGAUGAAAAUUUUUUAUUAGGACUUUUCAGUCUUUUUUACCACUGAUAAAAUAACUAUUACAACUAAAUAUGAAAAUGGUGACGAAAUAUGAUUAAUAAAUUAAUAAUUAACUAUUUUACUUUCUACUUUGGUAAUACCUUAUUAAUUAUAUAAUUCAAAAUAUAGAAGAAUCCCGAAAAAUCUUUUUUAUGACUUAUACUCUUAGUACAUAGCACGUUAGAAAUAUUUCAUUACUGUCACCAACUGUCAAUGUCAACUUUGUUUGGGUUGCUGAAAACAUAAUUGAUUACAAUUAUGAGACUAGUUAAUCAAUUAGCAUAACAAUUAUUAACAUAAUCGAUUAAUAAAUCUCAUAAUUCUGUACGUUAGAAUUGAAAGGGCGGCAGUCCAUUUUUACAGUAAAUGGAGAUAUGCAGCUAAUAAUACACCUAAAGGUGUUAUCUUUAGAAUGGUGGUUAACAGGUGGUUGUACAGGCAAUAUUACAAAAAUUGCAAGUCGGAUGUCCACUGUGAAAUUUGUUGCAAAAAGCCCUAUGUGGUACACCGGUCUUUUUCGCAUGGUACACUGAUUGUUAAAAAGACGGUAGUCCAAUCUCUAUGGACAACCGUUGUUAACUAACUAACUAUCUUAACUAAUGGAAAAUCGUUUUAUUUAAAGCAGUUAUGGACAUCUAAUUUUACCGUCUAUAAUGAUAGUACUGCCGAAGGUUCAUACUUCAUGUGGGACGAGUCUAUUGCAAAAAGGGGUGGCAACGAGAUAGCUUCCGCUGUAAUAAUGUGGUUAAAAAUUUACCUUCUACAACAGAAGAGGUAACAUUUUGGUCAGACAACUGCUCUGGCCAAAACCGAAAUUUUUUUAUUUUGUAUGUAUAUGUGGGCAUAUGUCCAUAACACCUCAGUAGUUUGAAUUCAUCAUAAAUAUUUACUCAAGGGGCAUACACACAACGAAGAAGACACAAUACAUGCACUAAUUGAGAGGAAGAAGAAAAGACUACCUACUAUGAGUAUUUCUGUACCUCAUGAAUGGGCCCAUUAAGGACCUGCGGUGGGAUCACGAUCGGUAGAAUGGUAGAAUGCUGACGUCACGUUGCCUAGCAACCGUCGAUUAUCGCCUGCAAGCGUAAAUUUGGUAUCACGAUGAAUAGAAUGGUCGUUUCCAGUCGAAUUUUAUCCCCACCCUUGUAGAAUAAAAAUCCUCCUCAAACUACCACUUCUUAGCUGUAGAAAGGAUGGUUAAUCUCUUUCUUUCUCAUGUUAAUAAACAAAAACAGAACCAAUAUGGCAAUAUGACAGAUAUUUAUUUUUCCCGCUUCCGUAUUUUUUGUCUUGUUUAUUGUUAUUGUUUAUGUUCACUAAUAUGUUUUACAUAAUAUUUCAAUCAACGGUUUUCCUCAUAGACAUGUAAAGAAAGUUUCUCGUGGUUUUUCAUAGUGACUGUUUUGCAAAAAUACAAUUAGUUUUUAUUUUGAGAUAACUAAUAGCAGGAUAACGAAGCAACAAACCUAAAUAACAUGUUUGGCUUUCCUUUAUUUGGAGACAUCAACUUUAUUUCUUCGUGAUACUGGUACCUUAAACCUCUACAGAAUAGAAUUUUGCCUCAAAAUAGAUUGGUGAAUGUAUCUACUUACACUGUAUGUUUCUUAGAUGAAUAAAACUUUUUUCUACAUAAUUGUAGGUACAUUUUGAUUUUAUAUACUGUUUAACAACCCAUAUUUAUAGUAAAUAUAUAAACCUACCACUAAUAACCCUAGUGGUUGAUGCAGAUAAAAAAAAGUUUGACCUUCACUGUGAUUGUUUUUAAUAAGUUAUUUAAAUUAUUUGUAGUUUUUUUAUAAAAAUUUGUUUGAAUUUAAUCUUUUGAUUAAAAUUUAAAAUGCUUAUUCUUUUGCACAUUAUUUGUAUUCUGAAAGCUUACCUAUAUAAAGAUGUUUAAUGCCUGGUUGCACCAACAGAUCUUAAACUUUAGACGUGCCUUAAGCUCAGAUUGCGAAAUAUAUGUAUGUGUGGCAUCAUUGAGUCUUAGAUCAGUUUUCAGCUUGGCACAAUGGAUUAUUUAAUUUAUUUAUUUAUUAAGAUAAGAAUUGAAAAUUAUGGUGCAAUGUGAGUGAAACUUAAAGCGGCCAUAUCUAUGAGCUGAGCUGAGUUUAAGAUUUGUUGGUGCUACCAGGCAUAAGUUUAGUUAAUAAAAAUAUAUGAUUUACUAUUUUAUUGGGAAAAAGUCACAAUUUAAGUGAAAAAUGAAAUUUAUUGACGUUUUAACUUCCACUUCCGAAGCAGUUAUCGAAAUAUAAAAUAUAAAUUAAUAUAAGUAAUCAAUUUUAAUUCAACUUAUUAAUGAGUACUAAAAUAUUAAUUAAGAUUUUGUAUUUCAAUAACGAUUUCCGACUUGGAAGUUGAAACGUUAAUAAAUUUUAUUUUUAACUAAAUCGUGGAUUAUUUCACAAUAAAAUAGUAUAUUGCAUACGAUAUCACAAAGAAGCAGCUUCAGAACAAUAUAAAAAUAUAUGUAAAUUAACUACAGAGGACAGUCUGACUUUUACAAAAUUAACCUUAAUUUUUGUGAAAUAUUUUUUCUCAAAAAAUGCAUUGUUUCUGCAGAAAAACCUCAGAAUCCUCUUACUAUUAUCAUUAUAAUUUUCAGGUUGAAAUAAAAAUCAAUAAUGGGUAAAACAUAAA